AUGAACUCCAGGCGCUCCGCGAACUCCGCCGAGGCCCCCGGGAACUGCGGCUUCUCCUCAGGGAAUUCCUACGGGAACAACGGACGGGAUGGAGGAGGCCCCAAACCCCCUCAGAACCCGCUCAAAACCAGCCCAAAAGCAGCGGAUUUACGGCUAUCGGGACAUGGGCUAUCGCGAUAUGGAGCUAUCGGGACGGGGGCGAUCGCGAUAUGGGGCUCACUCACCGCGGUGCCGAAGCCGCGGCCCCGCGCCCUCAGGAGGCGCGUCCGCAGCAACCUCAGCGCCGCCAUCUUGCCUUCGUGGGCGGCCGUGUUGACAGAGGCCAAGAUGGCGGCGACCAGCGGAUGUUGUUUGCGGCCCUUCUCCUGCGAGAUGGGGCUCCUGUCGCGACCCGACGGCUCCGCCGCCUUCAUGCAGGGCGAUACCUCCGUGUUGGCCGCACUUUACGGCCCCGCCGAAGCCAAAGGGAACCGGGAGCUCCCGGAGCGGGCGGCGCUGGAGGUGGUGCUGCGGCCUAAAGUGGGGCUGCCCGGGGUGGGGGAGCGCAGCCGGGAGCAGCUCCUGCGCCGCACGUGCGAGGCCGUGGUGCUGGGGGGGCUGCACCCGCGCUGCUCCCUGAGCCUGGGCCUGCAGCUGCUCUCGUGCUGCCUCAACGCCGCCUGCAUGGGGCUGUUGGACGCGGGCCUGCCCCUGGCCUCCCUCUUCUGCGGCGUCGCCUGCGCCCUGCUCCCCGAUGGCUCCCUCGUGUUGGACCCCAGCACCCGGCAGGAGCAGGAGGCUCGCGCCGUCCUCACCUUCGCCAUUGACAGCACCGAGAGGAAGGUGCUGAUGGCCAGCACCAAAGGGACCUGCUCCAUGGAGGAGAUGCAGCAGUGCAUCGCUGCGGCCCAGAGCGCCGCCGACACCAUCUUCCAGUUCUAUCGCGACUCCAUACGGAGGAGGUAUUCCAAGUUGUGACAUGGA